AAAGAAAGGCCCAAGAAACAUAACCCGAGAUCCGCCUUUAAAGGUCGUAACAAGAUUUAGGAUUUCUCUUCACUUGCAGUUAUUCUAGGCUUCGCCGCAGCCCUCAAAAUCCUCCAGUUGCAGCAGCACCAAGGCAACUUCCUUUUAUCACCAUGGGGAAGACACGUGGAAUGGGAGCUGGUCGUAAACUGAAGUCCCACCGUAGGAGGCAGCGGUGGGCUGAUAAGUCUUACAAGAAAUCUCAUCUUGGUAAUGAAUGGAAAAAGCCAUUUGCAGGAUCAUCUCAUGCCAAGGGGAUUGUUCUUGAGAAAAUCGGUAUUGAAGCUAAGCAGCCUAACUCUGCCAUUAGAAAGUGUGCUCGAGUUCAGUUGAUAAAGAAUGGGAAGAAGAUUGCAGCUUUUGUACCCAAUGAUGGUUGUUUGAACUACAUUGAAGAGAAUGACGAGGUGCUAAUCGCUGGAUUUGGUCGUAAAGGACAUGCUGUGGGAGAUAUUCCUGGUGUUAGGUUUAAGGUCGUGAAGGUGUCUGGUGUGUCACUUUUGGCUCUCUUCAAAGAGAAGAAGGAGAAGCCCAGAUCUUAAGUACUUCCAGGUCAUAUGCAAGUGUCUUCUGGAUGAAUUUUUGUUAGAAUCAAUAUGUUUGUUUCUUUUUCUUUUACUCUUCCUUAAUCUUCUACUAGUAUAGUUUGUCAUGUUGUUCCAUGAAAAUACCAGGUCAUUUGUUUCACCCUUUGACAAUGAAUGAUAUUGCGAUGGAAGUUCAAGGGCGCAA